CUGUUGCAUAAAAGUUUAUGUAUUGAUUUAUGUCAUGAUUUAUGUCACGAUUUACGUCAUAUAGCAUAAAUCAUGACAUAAACACAAAUAAUGACAUAAAUCCGUUGCAUAAAGCUUUAUGUCUUAAAUCAUGACAUAAGAUCAUGACAUAAAUCCCUUUGAAUGACAUAAAUUUAUGUCGUGAUUAAAAUCAAGACAUAAACACAAGACAUAAACAUAACUCCUUGACAACAAAGAUGGCUGCUUACAUUGCUGAGUUAGAGGAGGAGGAGGAGCAACUUCAGAAUGUAGGCAGGGUCUUUCGAGACAGACUACAUCCGCUGGAUACUUACACCGAUGAAGAAUUUUACAAGAAAUACAGAUUUUCCCGGCAUGGCGCUACAGCCAUUGUCGAUAUGGUUGGAGAUGGUUUGGAACACCAAACAGAGCGUAAUCAUGCACUACCCGCCAGUCUGCAAGUUUUAAUAGCACUUAACUUCUUCGCCACCGGGGCAGUGCUGGACAGUGUAGGCACUAUUCAUGGCGUGCACAGAUCCAGCGUGUCCCGGUGUGUGCAUAGUGUCGCCGACGCCUUGUGCAGGCACAAGAAUCAUGUAAGUAACUUAAUUUAUUUAGUUUCAAGUACCUCCGACCCACUCCCCACCUCCUUCCCCUGCCAUGCAGAUGUGUGGGUCAUCAAAUUCCCAAAGUCAGACGGAGCUGUGGUUGAAGCUAUAGAGGGUUUCUACCGAAUUGCACAGUUUCCACGAGUUGUUGGAGCAAUCGACUGCACACAUGUGGGACUACAUGGCUGUCCACUCGGAGAAGAUGAAUAUGUUUAUGUAAACCGUAAAGGGAAGUACACGCUGAAUGUACAGUUAGUUUGUGAUUCAAACUUUGUGAUCACAAAUGUGAUCGCCAGAUGGCCGGGCAGUACCCAUGACUCCAGGAUACUACAGACAAGCAAACUUCAUCGCAAGUUUCAGAAUGGCCAACUCAAGGGAAUCUUGCUCGGAGAUUCUGGUUAUCCCCUUCUCCCAUGGCUGAUGACUCCUAUUCUCAACCCUCAAUCACAGGCUGAACGUGCUUACAACAAUAGUCAAGUCAAGUCUCGUGCCAUCAUCGAACAGGUCAAUGGGAGGUUAAAAAACAAGUUCAGAUGUCUCAUCGGCCAUGGAAUGCAAAUCAGACCAGAGAGGGCAGAACGCAUCAUUACCGCCUGUUGCGUCCUCUACAAUAUCUCUAAACAGUACGGAGAGAGACAAGACCAUGAUGAGAGAGAUGUUGAAGCACAUCAAGAUGAGAUUGAAGAAGUUGUAAGACAACAAGGAGUACGUGACUUGGCAGCUAUCGCAGUACGCGCAGAAAUUGUUCGCACAUUUGAUGCAUAAACAUGAGAUUGUGAUGUGAAUAAAGAAUUUCAUUAGAAUCCAGAACUUUCAUGUAUAUGCCUCUCAUUUUUGAUAUGUUAGAUUACUCCAGUUGAUUGUCUAAAUUCCGAAUAAUAAUGUGAACUUCUCUCUUUUAGGAUAGCUAACUUCUCUCUAAAGGACCUUGAAACUAACCUAAGUAGGUUUUUUUCUGUUUAUGAAAGCAUAUAAUUCCUUCAAUUCAAAUUGUAUCUCAAAUGGAAAUUUUGUUUUGUCAUCGAAAAUAUA